AUGGACAACUCGUCUUCUUCAGGGACUGUGGACAUUGAGUCUGGGGACUCUUCCAUUUAUAAGCGCUUGACGCUCACAUGGCGCAACGUGAGCGUGCACGUUACUGCCCCCGAUGCUGCUCUGGGCGAUACACUGUUGUCGGUGGCCGAUCCACGGCAGGCUCUGGGGUGGUUCAAAGGGGGUUCGCGGCCUAAGAGGACAAUCCUCAAGGACGUUACGGGCCAACUCAGACCAGGCGAGAUGCUGCUCGUUUUGGGCCGUCCAGGGUCAGGAUGUACCUCAUUCCUCCGCGUGCUCUCCAAUGAUCGUGAGGCUUUUGACGAAGUUGUCGGCGAGACUCGGUACGGAAGCAUGGACCACAAGCAGGCCAAAAAGUACCGACAGCAGAUCAUGUUCAACAACGAAGACGAUGUUCACUUCCCCACGUUGACGGUCAACCGGACGAUGAAAUUUGCCCUGCGAAACAAGAUUCCGAGAGAACGACCCGAGCAUCUCCAAGGUAGAAAGGAUUACGUUCAGGAGAAGAGAGAUGGAAUAUUGGAUUCACUGGGUAUCGGUCACACCAAGAAGACAUUGGUUGGAAACGAGUUCAUCCGCGGUGUAUCUGGUGGUGAGCGAAAGCGUGUGUCUUUGGCGGAAGUGAUGGCUGGGCAGAGUCCCGUUCAAUUCUGGGAUAACCCCACUCGCGGUCUGGAUUCCAAGACUGCCGUGGAAUUUGCCCGUAUGCUCCGGCGUGAGGCAGACGAGAACCAAAAGACAAUGGUGGCGACAAUGUACCAAGCCGGAAAUGGCAUCUACGAUGAAUUCGACAAGAUAUUAGUCCUCGCGGACGGACUCGUCACGUACUAUGGCCCGCGUGCGUUGGCCCGCGCUUACUUCGAAGACAUGGGAUUCGUAUGCCCCAAAGGAGCCAACAUUGCCGACUUCCUCACUUCGGUGACGGUCAUCACGGAACGAAUUGUCGCCCCAGGCAUGGAAGAGAAAGUGCCAAACACACCAGCUGAGUUCGAGGCUCGUUACCAUCAGAGUGCGAUCUACUCCCAGGCGAUGAAUGACAUUGUACCGCCAGAGAAGCUCGUUAACGAGGAAGAAAACCUGGCCCUUGCGGUAGCAAUGGAAAAGAGAAAGCAGUAUAUCCCUCGGAGUAAGAGUGUCUACACUGCUGGUCUUUGGGAUCAGAUUGUCAGCUGCACUAUCCGUCAAUUCCAAAUCCUGGCUGGUGAUAGGCUCUCCAUCAUCAUCAAGGUGGUGUCUGCUAUUCUACAGGCCCUUGUCUGUGGUAGUUUGUUUUACAACCUCAAGUUAGACAGCAGUUCGAUUUUCCUCCGACCUGGCGCCCUUUUCUUCGCUGUUUUGUACUUCCUUCUCGAGACGAUGUCCGAAACGACCGCGUCAUUCAUGGGUCGUCCUAUCCUUUCUCGGCAAAAGCGAUUUGGCUUCUAUCGGCCCACGGCGUUUGCCAUUGCCAAUGCGAUUACAGAUAUACCCAUUGUCUUGGUUCAAGUAUCAUGCUUCUCGUUGAUCUUAUAUUUCAUGUCUGCGAUGCAGAUGGACGCGGGCCGUUUCUUCACUUACUGGAUCAUUGUCAUUGUGCAGACAUUGUGCUUCAUGCAGAUGUUCCGGGCCAUUGGUGCGAUGUGCAAAAACUUUGGCAAUGCGUCCAAGAUGACCGGGUUUCUCUCGACGGUCUUUUUUGUCUAUGGAGGAUACUUGAUUCCUUUUGAGAAGAUGCACGUGUGGUUCCGUUGGAUCUUUUACCUGAACCCCGGUGCGUAUGCUUUCGAGGCCCUGAUGGCCAACGAGUUUGUGGGCCUGGAACUGGAAUGUAUCGCGCCUGACUACAUCCCAUACGGAUCUGGAUAUCCCAGCGGCUCUUCCCCUCACCGUGGCUGCACCGUCAAGGGAAGUAACGCGGAAGGCAUUAUCGAUGGCGCCACCUACAUCAAGGAGCAGUUCCAAUACUCCUACCACCACAUCUGGCGGAGCUUUGGUAUCAUCGUCGGCUUCUGGGCGUUUUUUCUUUUCUUGACCGCAAUUGGCUUUGAACUGCGCAACAGCCAGUCCGGAUCCUCGGUCCUUCUCUACAAGCGGGGCGCGAAAAGCAAAAAGGCCGACGAGGAGAGCAGCGUUUCUCCGAAGUCUGAGGGAGCUGUCCUUGCGCAGGCGGGGAAACAGUCCACGUUCACGUGGAACCAUCUCGACUAUCACGUUCCUUUCCAUGGCGAGAAGAAGCAAUUACUCGACCAGGUCUUUGGAUACGUAAAACCGGGUAACCUGGUGGCCUUGAUGGGAUGUUCUGGCGCGGGAAAGACUACGUUGCUCGAUGUUUUGGCUCAGCGAAAGGACAGCGGUGAGAUUUACGGAUCCAUUCUGAUCGAUGGUCGGCCGCAAGGCAUUAGUUUCCAGCGUACCACCGGCUACUGUGAGCAGAUGGAUGUCCAUGAAGGGACGGCGACCGUGAGAGAGGCCUUGAUCUUUUCUGCUCUCCUCCGUCAGCCCGCCAGUGUGCCACGUGAAGAGAAGAUUGCCUAUGUGGACCACAUCAUUGAUCUCUUGGAACUGAGUGACAUUAGAGAUGCCCUGAUCGGAGUUCCCGGAGCUGGUCUAAGCAUCGAACAACGGAAGAGAGUGACAUUGGGUGUUGAGUUGGUCGCCAAGCCGACUUUGCUCUUCCUGGACGAACCGACGUCGGGUCUGGACGGUCAAUCCGCUUACAACAUUAUUCGAUUUCUGAGGAAGCUCGUCGACAGUGGACAGGCUGUGCUGUGCACCAUCCAUCAACCUUCUGCGGUUCUGUUCGAUGCCUUCGACGCCUUGGUUCUGCUUGCUAGGGGCGGAAAGAUGACCUACUUUGGAGAAACUGGCGAGGAAUCCCACAAAGUUCUGGAGUACUUCGCAAAGAACGGAGCCCCCUGUCCUCCCGACGUCAAUCCCGCUGAACACAUCGUGGAGGUCAUCCAAGGUAACACGGAGAAACCUAUAGACUGGGUCGAUGUGUGGAGCCGAUCCGAGGAGCGCGCGCGUGCCAUUGAGGAGCUUGAAGCCUUGAACAAGGAGGGCCAAGCACACUCGGACAUUGUGGAAGACCAACACGACUUUGCAACACCGAUUUGGUUUCAGUUCAAGACGGUGCUGCAACGUCUCAUGACCCAAAUAUGGCGGUCACCAGAUUACAUGUGGAACAAGAUCAUCCUGCACAUCUUUGCCGCAUUGUUCAGUGGAUUCACCUUCUGGAAAAUGGGCAAUGGGACAUAUGCGCUCCAGCUACGGUUGUUUGCCAUCUUCAACUUUAUCUUCGUGGCUCCGGGGUGUAUCAACCAGAUGCAGCCGUUCUUCCUGCACAAUCGCGAUAUCUUUGAGACCCGAGAGAAAAAGUCCAAAACCUACCACUGGAUCGCCUUCAUUGGAGCUCAAGCAGUCUCGGAAAUCCCGUACUUGAUUAUCUGUGCCACUCUCUACUUUGCGUGCUGGUACUUUACCUCCGGAUUGCCUGUUGAUGCGUACGUUUCCGGCCAUAUGUACCUGCAGAUGAUCUUCUACGAGUUUCUCUACACUUCCAUCGGACAGGCCAUUGCCGCCUACGCUCCUAACGAGUACUUUGCCGCCAUCAUGAACCCCAUCCUCAUCGGUGCCGGCAUGAUCAGUUUCUGUGGCGUUGUGGUGCCGUACUCGAGCAUCCAGCCUUUCUGGCGGUACUGGAUAUACUACCUCGACCCGUUCACCUACCUGGUGGGUGGUCUUCUUGGGGAAGUCCUCUGGGACGUCAAGGUGAAAUGCGAGGCCUCGGAGUAUAUUCAUUUCAGCCCUCCGUCCGGACAGACCUGCGGUCAAUACAUGUCCGACUUCAUCUCGGCACAGACGGGCUACCUGCUGGACUCGAACGCCACCGACAGCUGUUCGUUCUGCCAGUACUCGACAGGCGCGGACUAUGCAAAGACCUUUAACCUGAAAGAGAAGUACUAUUCUUGGAGAGACACAGGAAUCACUGCCCUCUUCUGCAUCACGUCCUACGGCCUGGUGUUUUUGAUGAUGAAGCUACGCAGCAAGAAGACGAAGAGUGCAAGGUCGGAGUGA